AUGUCAUCUGAAAAAGAUUCUACUGCUCACGGUGAACCCACUGUUCAUAAACCUCAAAUGUGUGGUGGUAUCGGUGGACUUCGACCAGUAAAUGAAGACGAUUUAAAAGUGUGGGACAUGUACAAACAACAUUUGGAAAAAAAAAUUCAAGAUCAAUUUAAGGUACCUACAAGUCAUACACUUAAACCAGUUCAAGUUGCUACACAAGUUGUUGCUGGAAUGAAUUAUUUUUUUAAGGUUGAAUUACCAGAUAAAAAAUAUGCAACAGCUCGUGUUUAUCAUGUUCCAUGGCGAGCAGAUACCCAUGGAAAAGCAGAACAAGUUGCUGUACAUGCUAAACUUGCUGAAAGUCUAAAUGAAGAUGUUGGCCAUUUUUAA